UUUCCGAGUCUGGUGCACGCCCUGGCUCUGCCCGCGCCUCCCAUUGACCGAACUCUCUGUUCACGGGUUGAGAUAUCCAUUCAUUCGUCAAAACAGCAGAAAUGGCGGCCGUGGCGGCUUUUUUUUUGCUUGGCCUGUUUCGUCAGCGACGGCGGUAUUUCGAACAUGUCAACGCCUUCGACAUGCCCAACGAGGAAUUCCGGCAGCGUUAUCGACUGUCUAAGAACGUAGUACGGUGGCUGUGCAACCAACUUCGAGCAGAUCCGGCUCUGAGAAGGCGGCGCCGCGGCCGUACCGUCAUGACGGUCGAACAGCAGGUGCUGUGCGCGCUUCACUUCUUCGCCACCGGCAGGUACCAAGGCGAGGUGGCGUGGGACCAGCACUUCGCUGUGCACCAGACGACUGUCAGCGCGGCCAUCCGCGCCGUGGCCACGGCAAUCGUGAACUGCCUCGGCAGGCAAUGGGUGGCCUUCCCGCAGACCGACGAAGAGAAGGCGGCGACCCGGGAGGCCUUCGUUCGACGCGGCUGCCUGCCCGGCGUCGUCGGAUGUGUGGACGGCACCUUCGUUGCCAUCAAGGCCCCGUCACAGCACGACCGCACAGUGACUAAGGCUCUAUAUUGGUGUCGUAAACACUACUACGCGCUCAACGUCAUGGUGGUGUGCGACGCCGACAUGAGAAUCUUGGCCUUCGACCCCUGCAUGCCGGGCUCAACGCACGACUCCUUCGUGUGGAGGAGAUCUUGGGUGCGCCAAGAGUGCGUCGCCGGCAGACUGCUCGAGGACGGCGAGUACCUGCUCGGCGACGAGGCAUACCCACUGGAGCCGUGGCUCUUGAGCCCCGUGCCCGGGCGGCCGUCUCUCGACUCCCCGGCCGGGCGUUACAACAUCGCCCACGCCUCCACAAGGGCGGUUGUGGAGCGCUGCAUCAGGCUGCUGAAGAGCAGGUUCCGGUGCUUGCAGAGGCCCCGGACCCUGUUCCACCACCCGAAGAUCGCCGGCACGAUUGCGGCAGCCUGCGCGGUGCUCCACAACGUCUGCCUCUGCUCGGAGGAGCCUGAGCCAUACCCACCGUCAGACUCAGAGUCCGACAGCAGUUCCGACGACGAGGACGAAACCAGUGACGCAGCUGAGGAGCGGAUCUCCGUGCAGUCAAGGUGCCUCUACGCACGGGGGAAGGCUGUGCGAGACCGCCUCGUGCUCACACCCUGCACGAGCCACCUGCGUCGCGUCCGUCGUCGGUUUCAUAGCCUUCAUCCUCGCCGCCCUCACUAGGGUUGUGGCAGUGGUCUUUUUUUGGAGCCAGUUUUAGACUUCAUGAAUGUACUGUGAUUUGGGCAUUCUGCCGGACACUUUUUGGACUCUGUGUGUUCAAUGGUAUGGUUGGUCUGUGAGAGCCAACUUAAACUCUGUGUGUCUGUGUAGACUUGAAUGUUCUGUUAGAGCUGGUUUGGUCUCGUGUGUGUGUGUGUGCGUGUACAGUGACCUGGAUGUGUUGCCAGAGCCAGUUUGGACUGUGUGCAAGUGUGUGUUUACAGUGAUUUGGAUGUUCCGCCAAAGCCAGAUUGAACUUUGUAUGUGUAUGUGUGUGUGCCAUGAUCUGGAUGUGGUGCCAGAGGGAAAUUUGAGUAUGCACUGUACAGACUCGUGUAGAGUUUUCCAGCAUGUUGGAACAAUCUUUCUUACCCUGGCCCAUAAUUGGAGGGUUGCGCAAAGACAGAAGGUUCUUCAGGCUGUCGAUAAGCAAACUUCUUGCAUGUUUUUCACCUGUCAGUGAAAGUUGAGAUAUCGGCAGUCAUUCUUGGCCAGUACAUGAACUUUCGGGCGUUAGACUCGCAUUGGUCCAAACCAACACGUCCCUGAUUAGUCACUACCUUGUUUUCUUUAAGAAGUACUCCAGUGACCAGUGAUCAUUCUGCUGUGAACGGCGUCAUCUCGCCUUCCACAAGCCUCGGUGAUUGCAGGUUGGAAAUGACCAACUGGAGAGCAGGAUUGCUGGCUGUUGCUAAAUGCAAAUGGGUUUUUUUCUUUCUUUUUUUUCUGUUUUUUGAUGGCAGACAGGGCACCUACCGCAUGAUCUUCGACGUCUGUCAUAUCUUCCUCAUAUGAUAUGUGAAGUGUGACGCCCAAAUAUAAAGCUUGUUGCAAAAAAUGCAUAUUCUCACUCACAUUUUUCUACAGGGGUCUCAAAGUUAGAAGGAGGCUUUUUUGCAGUCAUGUGGGAAAGCCUACUUCUGAACUGUAGCAGACUGCACUCUUCAAAGCAGAACAAAAUUCCCUCAUGCAUCUCUUGAUCACUAUUAUUUAACAUGAAGAGAGGGAUUCAGGUUUGUUACCCUUCUCAUGUUGAUGCGACUGUGCCCUGUUGGCAAUGCCUAAAGUUACUUUGUUUACUUGUUUCUGAUGUCCUUGGUUCUAACAUAAUGUUAUGCGACUCUGGCUUCAGUCAUGCAAGUCCACGAUAAUGGAAGCAGAUAGUGCAACCUUGUGCACAUCUUUUAGGGUUAAUUUUAUCACCAUGCACUGUGGAGAAAAAAUAAAAUGACUUCAUAGUUCAUUAAAGCUUCUUUGCCUGCUCCUUUGUGUUUCGAUAGCAUAUUUCACCCAAAGUAUACAUCAACUUUUGUGAACAAGCAAUCUAGGAAUGCAGCCUUCAAAAUACAAGUGGCCUCAUAACUUAAGAUCAGAGUCAAUAGUCCAGCACGAGCUUCCCAGUUUCCACACUUUUGCGUCUCAUGCAACUUGGGCAGACUCAUGAUGCCAAAGCAUGGCAGAAGGCACAAAGCGCUUGCUGGAGACAUUAAAAAAAUGCACUGCCGUUUCUAUUUCGUCAGUCUAUAGCUACUUACCAGCUCGGGACAACUUUGAUGGUGCGCAAAGGACACGCUGGAAGCCUGUAAUCAACCUGUGCUCAGCAGCAACACCAUUCAAUUUGGCAUUGCCCGUGUAGCCGUCGACAAAAGCAGAAUAAAUCUUGCUAAGACAUCCCCCCA